UUGUAUUGGAAGAACAGCAACCUUAGUAGCUUUCAUGUCCUCCUCAACUUCCCCAAUCAUUUAACCAUAACCUCUCUAUAUUAUAUACACUUCUAACCAUUAUCAAAACAUCUCCCUCAUUCAUUGAUCCAAAAACCCAAAUCGAAAAAUCGAUCUUUGGUCAAGAAAAAAUGAGAACCAAAUCUCAAUCUUCCCUUAAUCUCAAGGUCAUAUUCAUAGGUUCCUCAAUCUUGAUCUUGCUCAUCAUUUACUUAGCAAGAUCAAACAUCUCUUCCUCCUCCUCAAAGCCAAUCUCCAAAACUAAUCUCUCCCAAGAAGAAGAAGAAACUCAACAAAAGCCAGAAGGAUGUCCAACGACGACACAACAAUGCACAAAGAUGCCACUUUCUUUAUCCGAUGCAUUGGUUCAUUAUGUCACCAGUAACGUCACUCCACAACAAACAUUUGAUGAAGUCUCUGUCUCAAAGAGAGUCUUGGACAAGAAGUCUCCUUGUAACUUCCUCGUCUUUGGCUUAGGUCACGACAGCUUAAUGUGGGCAUCUCUUAACCAUGGUGGUCGUACCUUGUUUAUUGAAGAAGACGAGGCAUGGAUUUCGAUAGUAACUAAGAAGUUCCCAAACCUGGAAUCUUACCACGUAGUUUACGACACAAAAGUCAAAGAUUCAGACAAACUAAUGGAACUAGGAAGAUCUGAAGAGUGUAGAUCUGUGUCUGAUCCAAGAAACUCGAAAUGUGAUCUUGCGUUGAAAGAUUUCCCGGCGGACUUUUACGAGACGAAAUGGGAUCUGAUUAUGGUUGAUGCUCCAACUGGUUACCACGAAGAAGCUCCGGGGAGGAUGAGUGCUAUUUACACGGCGGGGCUUUUGGCUCGUAACCGUGAAGAUGGUGAAACUGAUGUUUUUGUUCAUGACGUUAACCGUCCGGUGGAAGAUGAGUUCUCGGCGACUUUCUUGUGUAAAGGUUACAUGAGGGAGCAAAAUGGGAGGCUUAGACAUUUUACUAUUCCUAGUCAUCGGGCUCGAGCUGGACGACCCUUUUGUCCGGUGGAGGUUGAUCGCCGCCGUUGAUUUUGUCCUGAGGAUAUUAUUGUGUGGCGGAGAUCGAUAGAGAUUAUUGUCGUUGGCCGGUAAAUUGUUUCACCUAGUGGACUUUGAUGGACUUGCUUAGCUGGCAUUAUUUUGGUUGUGUUUUUGGCUUUAUUUGAUUACGUUUUCAAGAUUCAGUGCAUUUACUGAAACGGUAUAUUAAAAUAGUAAUCUUCACAUAAUUAUUUGUGAUUUCACUUUUAUGAUUAAAGAAUUAUCAAACAUGGUUAUUGGUCA